GGGGGAGGAGGAGGAGGAGGAAUAGAGAGAAGGCAGGGAGAGACCUCAGCAGUCUGUUAGAUCUCGGCUGCGGUGAGGACACCCAGGAGAGCUGCAUUCCUGAGACAGCCAGCGAAGGAGACAUAGAGAGACAGACAGAUAGAGAGAGAGACAGUCAGACAGAGACACAGAGAUAGAGAUAGAGAGAGAGAGAGAGAGAGAGAGAGAGAGAGAGAGAGAGAGAGAGAGAGAGAGAGAGAGAGAGAGAGAGAGAGAGAGAGAGAGAGAGAGAGAUGGGACAGUAGAGGAGUGAGCGAGCGCUCUGGUUCUACCGCUGACAGCUUGCCUGACGCACACCACCCUGGACUUUAGCUCGGCGGACUUCCUUACUUCCUCAGUCCCGGUUCGGGGAAAGCAGCUUGACGGAUUUACCGGAGAGAGAAAACACAGAGGGGAAGGAAGACAUUUCCACACCUGAGAGAGCGAGCGCGGGCCAUGCUGUGCUGAGCCGGGCCGAGCCAAAGCGUGCCUAGCUGAACUGAACCGUGAGCGACGCCCGGCCUGCUCACAUGGAGCUGAAGGUGUGGGUGGAUGGAGUGGUGCGGGUCGUAUGUGGCCUAUCAGAGGAGACUUCCUGCCAGGAUGUGGUCAUCGCUCUUGCCCAAGCUAUUGGUCAGACGGGUCGCUAUGUGCUGAUCCAGCGCCUCAGGGACAGUGAGAGGCAGCUGCUAGCCACAGAGAGGCCCCUGGAGUCCCUGGCCAAGCUGGGCCAACAUGGAAACGAAGUCCAGUUCGUCCUGCGCCGGACCGGACCCAGCAGCAGUGACGUCGCCGGGCCCAACCAGGACCGGCCCAGCCCUUUGACCCUUCCCAAACACCCGGAGCCAGAACUGCCCAAACGCACCCAGCCCAAGAAGUCCCUCACCUUCAACCUGGGCCCCUCCACCUCCCCCAGAACCAAGGUACGGAGGUCCCCACAUGACUCCUCCCCAGAGCAGAGGGCCUCCCCCAGCCCCGUCCCCCAUCCCCCAUCCCCCAGCCCCUCGCCCCCGGCGGGCCCGUCCAAAGAGGAGGUGUUCCGCCAGGUUCUCCAGCAGCAGGAGAGACUGAGGGCCAUGGAGGCCCAGCUGGAGACCCUGGAGAGGGAGUCCCGAGCCUGGGAGCGUCCCUCGCCGGUCCCCUCUGCCUCCCCUGUGCCGGAGGCCCGACUCCAGGAGGAGCUGGAGGUUCUGGAUCAGGCGGUGAGGAGGAACCAGGCGGAGCUGGCCUACGAGCAGUUCUGGGAGGAGGAGCUGCAGGCCGAGGCGGAGAGGGAGCACGCGAUGAAGAGGCGACUGGGGGAGCUCCACGCCAAGAUGGACGACUGCGGGCGGCGGCUCCACGACCUCGACGCUCGCUCCGCCCGCCUGGAGCAGGAGAUCCAACAGGAGAGCCAGGAGGGCGGGGCCACGGCUGGGGGGCCCAAUCAGAUGGGGCCUGAGGAGUCCGUGAGCGCCGCGAAGGUGGAGCUUCAGAGCCAGGAGAAGCACGGCGAGGAGCUGGAGGCGGAGUUAUCGGAGAUGAACAGGGCUCUGGGGAAGGCGGAGUCUAUGCUGCAGAGCAAGCAGGAGGACCUGGAGGAGCUGAACAAGGAGUUGAGGCAGUGUAACCUGCAGCAGUUCAUCCAGCAGGCUGGGGUCCUGCCGGCUCACUCCCACUCCCGCACAGACCUCCACGAGCUGGAGCAGCUGGAACUGGCCGCCCUGCUGCAGGAGGGCUACAGGAACGGAGGUCUGUCCCUGCGCCCGUCGGAGUCUCCUCCGCGGCCCACGGCCAAGCAGUUCCUAGGACAUCCCCGCAACCUGCAGAACCCCCUGGUGUCCAGUCUCAACCCUGAGGCCGUGGCCCGGGGCCGCUCCAGCUGUACCCGGACACUCGUGAGCACCUCCUGCCCCUCCUCCCCCCUCCCCCCGCCCUCUCCCCCCAGUCACACAGGUGGACUGGGGGUCUCCCACCCUCGACACGACAGCACUGUUUUCCAGUGACGCCUCAGAAACCCCUCGCCGCGUUAGCCCGUCCUGCGUCCGGCGGUGACCGUAGCAAACGUUCCGACUGUAAGUUCAGAGGACUGGCCGCCGGGGCCGAGAGAGCUACGGGACCGGUGUAACGGAGACAUACGAGGAGGACGUUUGCUGAUGUUCGCCUGUGUGAAACGUGCCGGGUGUGUCUGUGUGGAGGUUUGGUCCUGCGCUGUACGGUGGUGACCUGUCGACUUCCAAAGACAGAGCCGAGCUCUCUGGGCUCUGCACAGUGUGUUGCACCGUCCCCUCUCUCUUCCCCUGUGAGAAGCCAUGGGCCCUUUCUGGAUACAUGCAAAGGCCCUCUUCUGUCUCUCCCUCGCUAAAACACUCCAGACAACCCCAUGCCAUUGGUGUAGCUUCCAAUCAGCGUUUUUCAAAACAAUGAUUCAUUACUAGCUAAGAAUGCUUUUGACAUGUAUCAAUAAUGGACCAUGGCUUGUAUUCAGUCUGAUGUUAUCUGGAGGUUUUCCGUGGCUGACCUUUACCCAACCACAUCUAACCGUUGACCCGUCAGUGCUUGACCUGGCCCGAAGCAUAGUUCCAGGAUAACUGCUGACCACGGUAUUAAACCUUUAGAAUGUAUACUAAACGCCCUACUAAAACAUACAGGUGCCCUUCACGUGCUCAUUCUUCGCCAGCCUGACAGGUCAAUGUGUGUGUGAGGGUGUGUCUCUCCUCUCUCCCGGUUGCUAGGUGGUAUCUGGGGUGUUUCUUUGCUGUUGCUAUGAAUCACAAGGUGUUUUUCUAUUUUAUUUAUUCAACCUGAAGUUUCCACCCCUUUCCGUGUCUUAGAGCCACACCUCUCAGCUAGAAGUCACCCCCAACCACAGAUCUGGUAUCAGACUGUCCAACAAACAAUCAGAUAGUUUGAUGGAUGAAUAAAAAAGACCUGACCUGGUAUCAGUGGCUAAGGGCGACUUCUAACCUAGCCUUCUGAGGCAUGCUUUACAACGUUCAUUCACCAAGCUCACCCGUUGCCUUGCGCUCUACCAGUAAACUGUGUUCUCAAAGAACGCCCAACAAGCAUCACCCCGCUUAUUUUUGUGUGUCUUGCAGUCUUGACAUCCAGAGAGUCUUCAUGGAGAUAGAACAAGGACCACAGGGCCAAGGGACACUGUUCACUGUUUACUGUCUGUCACCACCAGCUCCUGUUUAACCCCCACUGUCAACUGUCUCUGUAACUACUGUCCUUAUUCACUACCACAUUGUACACAGAAUGUAUAUACAGAAAUAUAUUUACGGCACUUUUUGCUACUGUACACUGCAAAGUAUGUAUCAAAUGUGAAAUAAUUUUAGGAAACUUUUACCUAGAGGAAUAUUUCCUUUACUGUAUGUGUAUUUAAAUGUCAUAAUAAUAAAAAAGAAACAUGUGCAUUGUUUUAGAUAA